AUGGGGAGGCACUCCUGCUGCUACAAGGAGAAGCUCAGGAAGGGCCUCUGGUCUCCCGAGGAGGACGAGAAACUCCUCUCCCACAUCACCAAGCAUGGCCAUGGCUGCUGGUCCUCCGUCCCCAAGCAAGCAGGUUCCCCCCUCCUCUCCUCCUCCUCUUCCUCAAUCUACCCUUGAAUUCGGUUUUCUGAUCUGGGUCCAAGGAAAAAAUUUGCAGGCCUGCAGAGGUGUGGGAAGAGCUGCAGAUUGAGGUGGAUAAACUACCUCCGACCUGAUCUCAAACGAGGCACAUUCUCUCAGCAGGAAGAGGACCUCAUCAUCGAGCUCCAUGCAGCUCUGGGGAACAGGUACCCGUUUUAUCUUCACGCCUUGAAAGAUGGUUGCCUUCUUCCUCCCUGUGGAUCCUCACCGUCGUCUUCUCCGGCGCCGGCGGCUCCCUCCUCCGCCAGGUGGUCGCAGAUUGCCGCGCGCCUACCCGGUAGGACCGACAACGAGAUCAAGAACCUAUGGAACUCGAGCAUCAAGAAGAAGCUCAGGCAGAAGGGCAUCGACCCCACCACCCAUAGGCCUCUCUCAGGGGCUGCUGCCGCCGAGAAGGCACCGCCAGAUGAGAAAACCUCGCUCGACGAUCAACGACCCACAGCGCCGCCCCCUUCUGAUCACGCCUUGCCUCUCGUCGGCGGCGCCGGGAAGAGCAUGGCGGCGGCGCUGACCAAAGACUCCGUCCUCGACCAGGUAAAUUACGGACCGUCUUCGUCACCGCCAUCGGCGCCGACGGCUCCCGGCCUGUCGGCGAGCCUCAGCCCUCUGCUGCUCUGGCUCAGCCAAAACUGCAGACCCUCCGACGUGUGUCCGCCGGCCGCGAGCUCCGUCCCGCCGCCGCCGAACAGUCUCCCGUCUCCUCCUCCGCCAUGCACUUCCCUGAACGGAGACCAUAUCUGGGACUGCAUCACCGGCCGAGGCGGAGCCGACGUAGAGUUCCAUGGAAGUUGCAGCAGCAGCAGCUUAUUCGACAGCAGCCCGCUGCCGUGGCCGGAGGAGGAGCUCAAGUGGGCGGAGUAUCUCAACAGCACCUUCCCGGCGCCGUCGGCGAUGCAAAGCCACGGCAUGUUCGCCGCCGGCGUCGACGUCGUUAGGGCGGAGGGCCCGUUCCAAGGCGGCGUUCUGGGUACGUGGCUCCAAGUCGCCGACGUGUACAGCCGGGACUUCCAGAGGAUAUCCGCUGCCUUCGGUCAGAUUUAG